AGGGCUGCAGGGGGAGCGCUGUGCGUCCCUGCGCCUGUCUGUGCCUGGAGCGGGGCGGCCAUGGGCGCCCGUCUGCGGCCCGCUGCGCUGUGGGGGGCGGCGCUGGCCGCGACCGGGGGCGCUGCCGUGGCGGCCUGGCUCUGGGUCCGCCUCCGGAGCCGGGCAGCGCCGACUCCCGACUGCCCUGUUGCCGCCACAGCCGCCGCCGAUCAGGGUACAGGACACGGUAAGCAGAUACUUGUGCUGGGCCUGGAUGGGGCUGGGAAGACCAGUGUUCUCCACUCCCUGGCAACUAACCAUGUCAAGCGCAGCGUGGCUCCCACCGAGGGCUUCAACGCCAUCUGCGUUAACACCGAAGAGUUACAGAUGGAGUUCCUGGAGAUCGGGGGCAGUGAAUCUCUGCGUUCAUACUGGAAGAUGUACUUGCCCAAAGUGCUGUUGCUAAUCUAUGUCGUGGACUCGGCUGAUCAUGCCCGACUGCCUGUGGCAAAACAGCUGCUUCAUCAACUGAUCCAGAGCAACUCCACCCUGCCGGUGGUGGUUCUGGCCAACAAGCAGGACCUUGAAGGUGCAUAUUGCAUCACCGAUAUCCAUGAUGCUCUGGCACUGUCUGAUAUUGGGGACAACAGGAAGAUGUUCUUGAUUGGCACCCAUGUGGCAGAAGAUGGCUCCGAGAUCUCCUCCAACAUGAAGGAUGCCAAGGAGCUGAUAGCACAGCUGGUUUUGGAAGCACAGUGACAGCUCUUUUCCUACGAUGUGAUCUGUGCAGCUGAGGGAGACAGAGUGUUAGUGUAUGGUCAGUUUGUCAUGUGGCAACUGAAAUGUACAGGUAUCUUUUCCUUCUGAGUGUGGGAUUCCCCUGAAAAUGGUGUCUAGUUGGUAACAAAAUCCGAUUUGUAGUGGUUUGAAAAUACAUUUGAGAAGUAAGUCUAAUAUUUAGCGUAUUUGUAGUCUCCCAGAUAGCAGAGUUAAGAGGAUGUGUAGCUUAGGCAGCUGAGCUGGCUUCUUGCCAGGUGGGAAUCAAGCAUCCACUCCAGUGGAACAAGGCUGCAUCCAAUGAAUUUAACCUGGCUUGGUGUCUCAGGUUUAAACUGAAACAUGUGUACUCCUCAGGUUUUACAGAGCCCUCUUACCAGUGUUGUUCUGUUGAAAAACAGACCUCACUUCUUGAUGCUGUCAGAAAUUUAAAGUGCUGUGGUUAGUAUCUUUGACAGUUUUUGUUGUUGCUGUGUUGGAGCCAGCCUUUAAGGGAGUGGUAGAUUAGUAAUCUCUGGAAAUUGAGUAGGUUAUUGUUUCUUUAGUAGGUAAGAACAAGAAGACAAUCGCAGUAAGACAUUAAGUGUUUCUUUGCCUACAGGGAAAAAACAGAAUGGUGUAAUUUAAGGUGGUAACUGGAAGCAUUUAAGUUAAAUUGGCACCGAAGGUGGGAGACUCCUCCAUCGGGCUGAGUGGCUUGUUUCAAUUUAGUCCCGGUUGUUCUCAAGCAAGCAGUCUUACGUGUGAAAAACGUUGAUUUUUGAAAGCGAUUUGUGUUACACAGCGGGAGAGGAAGGGUACCUGAUGAGUGUCACUCUCCUAUUGUCCUUGGAAUUACACUCCAAGAAUGCGAUCCAGGAGCAAGUUCUGUAACGGGCCUGUUCUGCGGCUGCAUU